AUGCCCUUCUUAGCAAUGGCCCACGACAUGGAAUCUGAUCCAGAUGUUCAGAUGGAUAUGACGGCUGAGGCGACGGGAAUAGAAUCCCUCUCAGUUCUCGUGAAGAAUCGCCGCAAGCGUUAUCUUGACAUGCAUCCAGAGUACUUCUCUGCUGAUCUCGAGCUAGCUGACCCAUUGUCGUACGAUCGCCUGAUCCGCCGAUUUCAGACACCUGCGGAAAGGGAAUCUGAAGGCCGAGCAAAGGGCUUCUCUGGUAUCCUCCAGGCGGAUCUCGCUCGAUCGGAGGCCAAAUUGGAUGCUCUUGCUAAUCCUGACCCUAAUGCGAUGUUCAGCUACUCCCGCGGCCCCAACGGGGAGAUCCUCGCGGAGGACAGGGACGAAAUACCAGCCAACAAGGAGGAAGGCGAGAAACGGUGGCGAUGGGAAAUGGAGAUGCGAUUUUUACACGGGUUUGACACGGACUUUGACUAUAGAGCCGUCGAUGAGAAUGACGAGUAUGAUGACUGGAAUGAAGAACAAGAGCGCUACUUCGAAGAUGAAGAACCGGAAUGGAUCUUGGAGGGAGAAGGCGACAUACAGUCUAGACUACAGGGAGAGACAGGGAUCCAGGACUUCUGA